AUGCAGAAGAUAGUCAACGCCUGCGACUUCUCGUAUUUCUGCUCCGUUGCCGCACCGGAUGCGCCAGAAGGGCGCCUGCAAACCAUGUGUGACUGGGGAAACUGGGUCUUCCCCUUUGACGACAUGUUUGAUUCCGGACAUCUAAGAUCCGACUUGGAAACAUCGCGGCAAGUACUCGGCAGUCUCAUGUCAAACAUGCUGGGCAAGGGCUGUGACAUUGGCACCAAGUUGCCAGUUGUUCAGGUCCACGAUGAUAUUUUUAGAAGACUGUCAGAGGUAGGCCUUACCUAUGCAGGGGUCCAGAGACGUUUAGCGAAAUCCAUGGAGUUAUACGCUGAGGGGGUGGCAAGACACGUAGAGACCUUCACGAGCCACCGUAUCCCUUCCCUUCAGGACAUGCUGCAAACAAGACGGUUGUCCGUUGGAGUCGCGCCGCUUUACCACUUGGUCGAGUACGCACACUCUUUGCAGCUACCAGACGAGGUAUUCGAGGAUCCUGCGAUUCAAGCUCUGGAACGCCUCGGGGCAGACUUCGUCAUCCUGUCAAACGAUAUUCUUUCGUAUCGUAAGGAAGAGUCUGAAGGAUGCCCCUUCAAUAUGGUUGCGGCCAGUCAGAUGAAUGGAAACUCUGCGCAAGAAGCUUUCGACAUAGUUGGGUCACUGCUUGAGGAGAGCUACAUCGAGUGGGAUGAGGUAAUCAGCCGCAUGCCAUGCUGGGACGUGGAUGUUGAUAGCGAAGUUGAGCGCUACAUCAAAGGCAUUCAGAACGUCGUCCAAGCCAACAUCGGCUGGAGCUUUCAUUUGAAAAAGGACUUGGGAGCCGAUGGCCCGCAGGUACGCAAGACCUGGAGAAUCGACGUUCUGGUUAACCCUCCGUACCUAUCAAAUCCCGGAGAAGCAGACUAUUGA